GCCCUCCUGGCCUCGGCUAGUGUGACUGCUCGCGACAUUCCCUCCAGUCUUCAACAAUUCUACGACGCUCUGAAGAACAAGGGAGCGUGUCUCAACAAGCUGGCCACGGGGUUCUAUAGCAAGGAGGAUGGUUCGAAUACCUUCGCCUACUGCGGCGAUCACUUGACCGAUUACAACGUAAUCUACAUCAAGGGCCUUGGCUCCAGCUUCGCCGACAUGGACGUCGACUGCGACGGCGAGCAAAACGGGCCCGGCGACAACGACGGGCGGUGCGCGAACAGCGUCGACACCCAAGCCGCCACGUCGUUUGAGAACACCAUCAAAGCCUACCAAAAAGGCAUCCAGGACCUCAACGCCUAUGUGCACCCGUACGUCGUGUUUGGCAACGAGGGCACCAAGCGCGGCUGGAAGACGUUUGACCCGCGCGAGUACGGCGUCGAGCCACUCUCCGUCAUGGCAGUUGUCUGUAACGGCGCACUGAUAUAUGGCGUCUGGGGCGACACAAACGGCGACGACGGCAACAAGCCCCUAGUCGGCGAAGCCUCCCUCGCCCUGGCCACGGCCUGCUUCGGCCCGUCCAUGACGGGCAACAGCGGUCACGACAAGCCCGACGUGAUGUACGUUGCCUUCCCGGGUGCUGACGCUGUACCAGGUGCUGACGGCGCCGGCUGGGGCGCCGCCUCAUGGCAGGCGUUUGAGGCGUCCAUUGAGGCGCUGGGCGACAAGCUCAUUCAGCGUAUUGGAGGCGGCGGAGGGAAC